CCGUUGGUUUCAAUACUUCCGGGUUGGCUUUGCGGUGGCGUUUCCGACUGUGGGAGCCUCGGCUUCCCAGUCGUCCGAUGAGCCCGAGCAGCCGAGUCCCUUCCCUGUCUUUCACUCUUCGGGCACCGGUGGUUUUACUUCUUCGAUUGAGCCCUGCUUCCUCGACCCCCCUGGGAGGCCGCCUCCUUCAGGCGCCUCCCUUCUCUCCACGAACUCGCUCUGACAGCUGAGGAACUGGCAAGAUCCUGCUACCCAGAGGGUGAAUGGGUAUCUUUCCCGGAAUAAUCCUAAUUUUUCUAAGGGUGAAGUUUGCAACGGCGGCCGUGAUUGUAAGCGGACACCAGAAAAGUGCCACUGUAAGCCAUGAGAUGUCUGGUCUGAAUUGGAAACCCUUUGUGUAUGGCGGCCUUGCCUCUAUUGUUGCCGAGUUUGGAACUUUUCCUGUGGACCUUACCAAAACACGACUUCAAGUCCAAGGCCAAAGCAUUGAUGUUCGUUUCAAAGAGAUAAAGUAUAGAGGGAUGUUUCAUGCCUUGUUUCGAAUCUAUAAAGAAGAAGGUAUAUUGGCUCUGUAUUCAGGAAUCGCUCCUGCUUUACUAAGACAGGCAUCAUAUGGCACCAUUAAAAUUGGGAUUUACCAAAGCUUGAAGAGAUUAUUUGUAGAACGUUUAGAAGAUGAAACUCUUCUAAUUAAUAUGAUCUGUGGAGUAGUGUCAGGAGUGAUAUCUUCCGCGAUAGCCAAUCCCACUGAUGUGCUAAAGAUCCGAAUGCAGGCUCAAGGAAGCUUGUUCCAAGGGAGCAUGAUUGGCAGUUUCAUUGACAUAUACCAACAAGAAGGCACUAGGGGUCUGUGGAGGGGUGUGGUGCCAACUGCUCAGCGUGCGGCCAUCGUUGUGGGAGUAGAGCUGCCAGUCUAUGAUAUUACCAAGAAACACUUGAUAUUGUCAGGAAUGAUGGGAGAUACAAUUUUAACUCAUUUUAUUUCCAGCUUCACGUGUGGCUUGGCUGGGGCUCUGGCCUCCAAUCCAGUUGAUGUGGUACGAACUCGCAUGAUGAACCAGAGGGCAAUUGUGGGACACGUGGACCUCUAUAAGGGUACUUUGGACGGUAUUUUGAAGAUGUGGAAACAUGAAGGGUUUUUUGCACUCUAUAAAGGAUUUUGGCCAAACUGGCUUCGACUUGGACCCUGGAACAUCAUUUUUUUUAUUACAUACGAGCAGCUCAAGAGGCUUCAAAUCUGAGGACUGAGACCCAUGUGAGCCCAGCCCUUCCAGCCUUUCUACUGUUUUCUUUCUCUGUGUUCUAAUGUAUUUUGACAAAACUGUAAGAGUUUACUGAACCAUUGGUCUCCCAAGGACCUCCUGAUACAAGAACAAUAGGAUGGUCCAAAGUUGUGUCUGUGUUUGUGUUACCAUGUUAACUUCUCCCACAGAGGAAUUGUUAACAUUGAAAUUCUGGCCCCAGAUUGGUAUCUUCUGUGAAGAUGGAUACUGAUGGGUGACAUUCAAAAUUGCCUUCUUUCCAAAUGUGGGUUAAAUGGAGUUGGUGAGCCCCAAACUUGGGCUAGAGCAGAAGGCAUAGGCCAGGGCAGUUAUUGCCAUGUAUGUUGUGGACCUCAGUUCUCAUUAAAGUAUUUAUUGGCAUCAUUUUGACUUUGUCUUCAU